UCGGGCUCCUCGGGAUCAGGAGUGUCCUCUCCAGCCUUGUCAUCAUGCAGGUGAUACUGGGUCUGCUACUGGGCAUCACUGUUAUUUCUGCAGCUCCUGAAGAACGAUGGGUCAAUGACUACGAUCAAGUUCUCAACUUUGCGUGUCAGAGUCAUCAAAGUAUUAACUUAAUUAUAAGCAUCCAUGACAAUAAACGUGAGGAUCGUGUCUGGGAUUUCGGCUGCCAAAACACCUUUAGUUCCCCCGGUUCCUGUUCCUGGACAAGUUACGUCAAUGAUUUUGACAGGGAGUUCACUUUUGUCUGUCCAUUUGGCUCUGUCCUGAGUGGAAUGGAUAGUUACCAUGAUAAUGGAAGAGAAGACAGAAGAUGGAGAUUCCUCUGCUGUCAAGGAGAUAGGUCUGUUGAACGUAACUGCAAAUGGAGCGGCUAUGUCAAUGAAUUUGAUAAUUACCUGAGAUGGGACGCUGCUCCAAACUAUUACCUUGUUGGGGCUCAGAGUUACCAUGACAACAGCAGAGAGGACAGACGUUGGAAUUACUAUUCAUGUGAGAAGAAUUAAGACAAAUAAAGUAAAAAUGCUUAGACA